AUGGCUGCUCUGAACCAAGGAGAGCUCAGCCCAGAGCCUGAAAGCCCAGUCUCUUCCUGGGGGCUGAAGAAGGACUGGGACCAUCGGAUAUUUGUGAACCGCAGCCUGGCCCUGGGUAAGAUCAGAUGUUUCGGAUUCGACAUGGACUACACUCUGGCCGUGUACAAAUCUCCCGAUUACGAGGCGCUGGCAUUUGAGCUGCUUCUGGAGAGGCUGGUCUGCAUCGGCUACCCCCAUGAGAUCCUCCACUAUGCCUACAACCCUUCCUACCCCACCAGGGGUCUGGUGUUUGAUGUACUCUAUGGCAACCUGUUGAAAGUGGACACCCAUGGGAACGUGUUGCUGGCUACUCAUGGCUUCUCCUUCCUUACUGAGGCUGAAAUCUGGAGUUUGUACCCCAGCAAGUUCAUUCAUCGAGAUGACAUCCAAAGGUUCCACAUUCUCAACACCCUCUUCAACCUUCCAGAAACAUACCUCUAUGCUUGCCUAGUGGACUUUUUCACCAACUGCUCCAGAUACACUAACUGCGACACGGGCUACCAGCAUGGGAACCUCUUCAUGUCCUUUCGCAGCCUUUUCCAGGAUGUGUCUGACGCCAUGGACAAUGUCCACCUGUUGGGCUGCCUGAAAGAGAAGACCUUGGAGAAUCUGGAGAAAUACGUGGAGAAGGAUGCUCGCAUUCCUCUCCUACUGGGGAAGAUGAAAGAAGUUGGGAAAGUGUUUCUGGCCACCAACAGUAACUACAACUACACCAACGCGAUCAUGACCUACCUGUUUGACUGUGGCCAGGUGGAAGCUUUGGCUCGGCCCUGGCAAUCCUAUUUUGACCUAAUUGUGGUGGACACACAGAAACCACGCUUCUUUGCAGAAGGAACAGUCCUGAGACAGGUCAACACGGACUCAGGAAAGCUACGAAUUGGAACGUACACUGGGCCCCACCAACACUGUGCUGUCUACUCUGGAGGCUCAUCAGAUAUAGUAUGUGAGCUGCUUGGAGUAAGGGGGAAAGACAUCCUGUACAUUGGGGACCACAUCUUUGGUGACAUCCUCAAGUCCAAGAAGCGGCAGGGCUGGCGUACCUUCCUCGUGGUGCCCGAGCUGGCCCGGGAAUUGGCUGUCUGGGCCCAGGAGAAUGAGCUGUUUGAGGAGCUGCAGAAACUGGAGGUGUCUUUGGCUGAGCUGUACCAGCGCAUGGACAGGAGGAGCUGUGGGCAGGAGGACAUCGGCGCCACCAAGAGAGAGAUUCAGAGGGUGACGCGGGACAUGGACCUCUGCUACGGCAAGAUGGGAAGCCUGUUCCGCUGCGGCUUCCGACAGACCUUGUUUGCCAACCAGCUGAUGCGCUACGCGGAUCUCUACUCCUCGUCUGUCCUGAACCUCCUGCGCUACCCACUGAGCUGCCUGUUCAGGGCUGCGCCAGUGUUGAUGCCUCACGAAUGCGGUGGAGCUGGAGAGGGACAGUGGAGACCCCGGGAAGGGCCAGAGGAAUAUGAAAACUGUUCUGCAGGGAUUCAUGGAGGGCCACGAGGGAGAUGA